GGGCAUCGCAAACUUGCGUUAGCUAAACCUAGCAGUAGCUGUCUGCACGUGUGUUUAAAGGAGAGCCUUAAAGCCACCGUUUUGUUAACGACUCCGGUAGAAAUGGACGGGUUCGGUUCAGACUUCUCGGCCGGUGGAUCAGGCGGUAAAGUGGACACCGGGACGAUCAUGGAGCAGGUCAAGGUCCAGAUCGCGGUGGCUAACGCGCAGGAGCUGCUGCAGAGAAUGACUGACAAAUGCUUCAAGAAGUGCAUAGGUAAACCUGGAAGCACGCUGGACAACUCUGAGCAGAAAUGCAUUGCCAUGUGUAUGGACCGAUAUAUGGACGCCUGGAACACCGUGUCCCGAACGUACAACUCUAGAUUACAGAGAGAAAGAGCUCGCAUGUGAACAUCCCUCUCCUCACCCGUUCCUUCACUUCCUCGGGCUGCUGCUCACAGUGAGGAGGAGCACAGCGUUUCCACUGGAGGCCAGCAGCUGUGCACAGGUGUGUCAUGGCAGCUGCACACCAUCGUCAUCAUAAUACCUCACAAACAGACAGGCAAGCAGAGCCUGUGGACUCUAGCCAUAACAAUGUCUCUGUGGACAUUUUCACUUUGCUCUGAGGAAGAGUUAAGCAACAAAGUUUGAUUGUUUGUGUUUUUAUGUUGUGGGUAAUUAAUCUUCUGGUUAACAAGUAAACAUGCAUUUGAAAAAGCUGCAUUUACACCUGCAUUUUUAAUGCAUGUAGGUCAGGAGAAUUGAAAACUCUAAUUUUCCUGUUGGAGCAAACAUAUGUGUGAAUGUGUGUGUGUAAGUGUGUGCUAGCCCUGUGAUUGACUUGCAACCUGGCCAAGGUGCAGGUGUAUGCUGGGAUAUGUUUCAACCCUUUGUGCUCCUGAGAAGACAGUUUAAAAGAUACAUGCACUGUUGCAGCAUGUCUUAAAUUAGUCAGCUGACACCUUUGUGCCAUCAAAUUAAGGUAAACAUGUCUUGUGUUUAAGAGCCUGUAUAAUUUGGACUCAUGAUACCUGUAAUAACUGUAAACAGGACUUAAGUGUCACCACAAUUGCUCCAAAAAAACUCUGUCAGCAGUGUCCCCAGGUUUGUUGCCUGUUCUUUUCAUUGCGUUUAUGCUCAGACCAAGACUAAACAUUUGUGCAAAGAGAAUAAACAGCAUGACUGGAACCCCGAAGGGACAACACAGGGUUUCCUUAACAAGCUUUUACUCUGAAAGACCUACUUAGAAUCAAAAGGAAGACUCUGAGGAGCAACUUGGUGUUUUCACAGCAGUGAACCUGACAUUCACAAGCCUCAAAACAGUCCUAUAUCAAAGUACGCCCGGAGAACAAAACUGUUUUGUCUGACCUGUUUUCUAGUUGUCACUCUAUCUGCCGCCCUCCACAGUAGUGGGCUUGUUUCAGCAGGGUCUGCCUUGCUGUACACGAGGCACUGAACCUUUCUCAGCUUCAUGUGCACAGCUUGUCAGAAGUCUGGGAACCACAGUCCUUUUUCUCUAUCCUGCUGAAUUUAUGUAGGGAAGUAAAUGAAGCUUGUGAACAUUAUUUGCAGUGUGAUUGUGAGCAAAUGGAAUGAUUUUCAUGAAAAAAAAAAAUCAAUAAAUCUUAUCAAUCAGA